AUGGAGAUAAGUUUUCGCUUGAAUGAAGCCAAUGCACCCGUCACAAUUAACGUUCCGGCUAAUGUUGCAUUUACAAUUAACGUUAAACCUGUUGGCGGACUCGUACCACCCGCUGAAACCACUAGUAAGUUCCCUGAUCCAUCUUUGAAAACGGCUAACCCUAGAGUGUUUUUUGAUAUGACCGUGGGCGGCAAACCGGCUGGUCGGAUCGUGAUGGAGCUCUUUGCCGACACGACCCCACGUACGGCGGAGAACUUCAGGGCCCUAUGUACGGGGGAGAAAGGGAUGGGUAAGUUUGGUAAGCCACUCCAUUACAAGGGAUCAAUCAUCUACAGUGUGCUCCCUGAUCACAUGUUCUGUGGAGGAGUUAUCACUAAUGGUGACGGAUCCGGAGGAGAAUCAAUCUAUGGCGAUAGAUUUUUCGAGGAUGAGAACUUCAUAAGGCAGCAUACCGGUCCAGGUUUCAUUUCCAUGGAGAACUAUGGUCCAGGCACCAGCGGAUCUCUGUUCUUGAUCGGCAUGAGGGAGGACAUCCAUCUCGGGAUGGAGACCGUUGUAUUCGGCCAAGUUGUUGAAGGAUUGGAUGUGCUCAAGAGCAUUGACAAAGAGGUCAGAACUCCUAACUGCGUGCCUUCCAAGCCUGUGGUGGUCGCCGACUGCGGUCAGAUCUCAUAG